AUGCUCGAUCAGGUGAUAUAUGCUGGUGUUGGGAGAAGGAGCUGCUCUGUUCGGAGGCUGCUUCUGGGGCUUCUGUGGAUCCAUGGUUGUCGCAUUAAAACACUUGCAUAUUUGGCGAUACUGGUCUUCUUCUUUCAGUGCACGACGGAAAUUGCAUACCUAUUUACAAAGGGAAGAACAGAUGUUGCAAGUUCUUGUCUUAAGUCGAUAUUGCUCUCGUGGGAUACUACCGUGUACCGUCUAGUGGGUUCUACAGGAUGUUCAAGUAGCAUAGGCAACCUUCUGGCUUGA